ACUGGGAGGGGUGGGGGAGAGCGAGAGAAAUACCUAAACUGGGAUCUGCCCAGGCACAAGCCCCGCUCCUUGCAAGAAGCCGAACCGGUCGCCUGCUCCUGGGCUUGUGAUUCCCCCAGCACCAUGUAGCAGAGAUCCCGUGGGCUCGUGUCAGCUGCAACAGCUACUGGGACGCAGGCGUUUUGUUUUGGUUCCCCCCCCCUCCUCCUGUCUCGCAAGCCUGAGAGAGUUUAAAAGCUUCUUCCUCCAGAUCCCUGCAGCACCUGCACCUCCCUGGAUAAACAGACCUGAGCGGAGGCUCUUGGUUGAAGACACUUUAACCAGAACCCAGCCCAAGGGAGGAGAGCGACUCAGAAGCAGCCGCUCAGUGACUCGAAAAAACUUUGCACCAAAACUUUUUGUUGCGGCUACUUUGCUUUGUUAACCCCUUUGGUCAGUUGUGUAACAUCUGCUCUUCUCACUGGUCUCUUUACUUUAAUCAGAUUUUAGCCAAAAAAAAAAAAAAAGGAAAAAGAAAAACCAACCCAAACAAACAAAAAACCCCAGAUCAUCCCAUGAGUUAGGAGGGGGGAAACAAGGAAUAAAGUUAUUCUGAAAAAAAAAACAUUUGGCCGUCAAGAAGAGAGGGAGGCAAACAAAACCUGUAGCAAAGGGGGGAAGCAGUGAAUGGAAAGAGCAGUUUCACUGGAAUCAACAAGGGAGAACUUCUGGACGCCUUGUUCUUCCCCCUCCCCACCCUUACCCAGCCUGAAGGCUUUGAAACUUGUUGCUGGAAAGAAAUUGACCCUAUUGACAGAUCUCCCUUCUUGCACGUUUAUAAAGGAUAUACUCAUAAUUCACAUCUGCACCAGACAUGAUUCCAAAGCACUGCACCGCCCUGGCUGUUUGUGUGCUUCAUGGACUGCUUUGGCUACAAGGUCUUGCUCUGGAAGAAGUGCUACUGAAACCAAAGUUGAACAUUACAGAAGAUCAAAUUGUAAUCAAUGCAGGAGAUUUCUUUGCCAUAACAUGCAGGGGAGCAGCCGCCUUGACCUGGCUAUGGGGAAAUGAGCCACACAAAGACGUUCCCCACAGGUGGACUGUAUCUGAGCACAAGUGUUCAGACAACAUACAGCAGACCUGCAGCAGGCUCACAAUCAACAAAGCUAUAGCCAGCGACACUGGUUACUUCACCUGUGUUUAUAAUCACCUCCUUUCUAACAAAGACCUCAUGGCCAAGACAUAUGUGUACGUUACAGACCACCAGAAUCCAUUUGUUCAGAUUCACCCUCAAUAUCCCAAAGUGAUAUAUGUAUUGAAUACUACCGAAGUGGUUGUCAUACCCUGCCGGGUCACCUCACCAGAUAUCAAACCCAAGCUUAGACAGCUUCCUUCUUCUUCUUCAGAGUUCGGCUACUGGAGGAUGGUGUGGGACCCCAGGAGAGGAUUUGUCAUCCCCUCUCCUCCUUUCCACUUCUUCAAAGGCAUACUCAUGUGUACAACCAAAGUAAACGGAAUUGAGUCCUCAUCCUACUAUAUACUACAGAAAGUGGAGGGCAGAAUACAGAACCUGGCUCUGAAAGCAAACUCCAGAAAGCUGCUAGUUGGAGAUACCCUCAACCUGGAAUGCAGCGCAGAGACCUUUUUCAAUGGACGGAUUGAAUUUGAAUGGCAGUAUCCUAGUGGGAGAGAUCAUAAGCCUACACGAAUUUUGAACAAAAGUCAGUCGGUUUAUAAAGGCUUCAGUAAUCUGACCAUCCACAACGUUACCAUGGAAGACAGUGGCUUGUAUAUAUGCAGAGCAGUCAACGUAACAGGACUGGAGACCAAUGUAAUGAUACUGAAGGCCAAUGAAACAAUCACAGUAUACAACAAAGCUUUCCUGAGAGUUUCCUAUAAGAAAGGACCUUACUACGAGGGGGUAGCAGGACACAAGUUACUGAAACUAGCUGUGAAGGUGGAUGCCUUUCCCCGCCCCAGUGUUACCUGGUAUAAAGAUGGCAAGCUAAUCAAGGAGAACCACACUUGCUAUGUACCAGAUCGAACGAAGUACAAGCUGGGCAUAAGGGAUUUGAGACCAAAGCAUGCUGGGAACUACACCAUAGUCCUGAGCAACACUAAACAUGGCCUGUAUGAGAACCUCACCAUCCAGCUGGUAGUGACAGAGAGGCCCAAAAUCUAUGAAAAGGAGACAGACUUUGACAAGGUCGCACAAGUGAACCUAGGAAGCACACAAAGCCUUCAGUGCACUGCGAGCGGGACUCCGGACCCCAAGAUCACGUGGGAAUGGGAGCCAUGCGCCCCUGCAGAAGACAUGCGCUGCAGACACGGUGGAAAAAGAAUUGUCGUUCAGAAAAACAUCAAUGAGACAGACAUGUGGACAGGCAACAGAAUCGAGAGCAUUGAGGAGAAAUACAUAAUGCAUGAAGAUAAAAAAAAGAUCAUAAGCAAGCUGACUACAGAAUAUAGCACUGCAUCAGGGAUCUAUUACUGCGUGGCUUCGAACAAGAUUGGCAAAGAGGAGAGAAGCAUCAAGUUCUAUGUCUCAGAUGUGCCAUCGGGUCUGCACACGGAGCCACAGAUCACCACCAUCAUGGGGAGUGAUGUUCAGCUGACCUGCAGAGCCUCCAGAUACAUUUACGAUCACCUGGCAUGGUACUACCCUUCCUCACAGGUGGUGCCCGCCAGCUUCAUGCAGGAGCAAAUUGACAGAUACUCCAUUUCCUUGACACUGGCCGUUAGUAAUGUCACAGAGGAACACGCCGGGCAGUACAAGUGCAUCGCUCAGAAUCGGCACAACAGCACGGAAGUGCGAGAAGAGGACACCCAGCUCGACGUUAAAGCAAAGGCAGUGCCAUAUAUUAUGCAGAACCUCACGGACCGAGAGGUUAACAUCAGUGGCAAGAUCAUUCUGGAGUGCAAAGUAAAUGGAACCCCAACACCUCAGAUUGCGUGGCGGAAAAAUGGCUAUCCCAUUUCACCUGCUUCAGGAAUUUCCAUGGAAAAUAACACCCUGGUCAUCGAACGAGUGAAAAAAGACGAUGAAGGACUCUAUGAAUGUAGGGCUUCCAAUGAAAUGGGCAAUGACAGCACAUCAGCAUUUAUUAAAAUACAAGGCUCUGAAGAAAAAUCCAAUAUUGAAGUUAUCAUUUUGGUCUGCACUGGUCUAGCAGCUACCCUUUUUUGGCUUCUUCUGACCCUUUUCAUUCGGAAACUGAGAAAACCUGAUGCCACAGAUAUUAAAACGGGAUACCUGUCAAUCAUAAUGGAUCCAGAGGAAAUGCCCCUUGAUGAGCAGUGUGACCGUCUGCCAUACGACAGUAGUAAAUGGGAGUUCCCAAGAGACAGGCUGCGGCUUGGUAAAACACUGGGUCAUGGUGCUUUUGGGAAGGUCGUGGAGGCAUCUGCUUUCGGUAUCGAUAAAUCUUCAACCUGCAAAACAGUCGCCGUUAAAAUGCUUAAAGAAUGUGCAACUACAAAUGAGUGCAAGGCUUUAAUGUCCGAGCUGAAGAUCCUCAUCCACAUAGGACACCAUCUGAACGUGGUCAACCUGCUGGGAGCCUGCACCAAAGCAGGAGGUCCUUUGAUGGUUAUUGUAGAAUAUUGCAAAUAUGGAAAUCUGUCUAAUUACCUGAGAGGAAAACGAGGGGACUUUGUUGCAUAUAAGUCCCAGGAGAACUCUGACCAAGCAGAGAAAAGUCUGGAUGAGUCCAACAGUGAUUUAACAGAGCUGAUCAAGAGGCGCCUUGAGAGUGUGGCCAGCACAGGAAGCUCGGCCAGUUCAGGAUUCAUUGAAGAUAAGAGUUACAGUGACUCGGAAGAGGAAGAAGAAGAUGGUGAGGAUCUGCAAAAGCGACCCCUGACCUUGGAGGAUAUGAUUUGCUAUAGUUUCCAGGUGGCAAAAGGCAUGGAGUUCCUGGCCUCCAGAAAAUGUAUUCAUCGGGAUUUGGCAGCAAGGAACAUCCUUCUGUCGGAAAACAACGUGGUUAAGAUCUGUGACUUUGGACUGGCUAGGGAUAUUUACAAAGAUCCUGACUAUGUACGGAAAGGAGAUGCAAGACUUCCACUUAAAUGGAUGGCUCCAGAGGCUAUUUUUGAUAAAAUUUAUACUACGCAGAGUGACGUGUGGUCUUUUGGCGUGUUACUAUGGGAAAUAUUUUCUCUGGGUGCCUCACCAUACCCGGGAGUGCAAAUUGAUGAGGACUUCUGCCGCCGCCUCAAAGAAGGAACACGGAUGAGAUCACCAGAAUAUUCCACUCCAGAAAUCUACCAGACUAUGCUGGAUUGUUGGCAUGGAGUUGCCACAGAGCGGCCCACCUUCACAGAGCUGGUUGAGCGCUUAGGAGACCUCCUCCAGGCAAACGUGGAACAGGAUGGUAAAGACUAUAUUCCACUGAACAUCACAUUAUGCCUUGAUGGAGAAUCUAACCCAAAGACCUGCCCAGUGGAAGAAAACUUGAGCAAUUGCAUUAAUCGCUGGAGUGCAUUGGGAAUAGGUAAUAACAGUAAGAAGAGACCGCUGAGUGUGAAGACAUUUGAUGAGGUGCCAGUGGAGAAGCAGAAAAUGAUGAAUGAGGAGAGCGAGUCAGAUAGCGGGAUGGUGCUGACAUCUGAUGAGAUGAAAAGCCUGAAGAGGCUGGAAAUCCGCUCCUGGCCUUAUGGGAUUAUGGCUCUAGCGCAGCGAGCUGUCAGCAAGAGCAAAGAAUCCAUGUUAUCAGAGCAUGAGAUUGUGAAAUACCAGCCAGCAGUACAGAUUGAUGAAGACACCAUGGACUUCACCCUGGAAGACUCAGUCCUCCUGCCCAUGGAUCCAAACCUGGAAUGCCACAGCCCACCUCCUGACUACAACUCUGUCAUCCAUUAUUCUGCCCCUCCAGUGUAAUCAGCCCAGUUCGAUCUUUGCACCUCUUUCAGCAAUGCUGGAUUCUCACAUGCCUCCACCAUUUGUACAGGCUGUUUAAAAGGACUAGGGUAAAAAGAGGAGAAGGAAACUGACAGGGUCCCUGCUAUGAAUGGAAACCCUUAAAGAGCAGCUACCUUAAAAGGUAUAUUUCAGCUUAUCUAGCUAACAUACCAGAAUCAAAAAUAGGAGCUGCAGCCCAAAAUUGCCCCCACUCCUUACUCCCCCCGCUGGAUUGCUCAGUGGCAAUUGCAGAUGUGCAAGGUAUUUCAAUCCCUUUUUGCUCAUUCCAUACGAGAGUCACAGAGAAUCAAAUCAAGUCAGGUGUGAAAACAGUAUUGAUUCUGCUGGCCAUACGUAGACCCUGCAAGGAUUAUACGCUCAGAUGCUGUCCGGAGAUCAGUUAAGAACUGCAGCCCCAAACACUGAUAUGUGGAUUUUGAAACCGUACAUUAUUUUAAAAACAUGGGGAUCUCAUUGUCCCUCCCAAAAUAUAUUUUAAAUAUCAAAAUUAUUUUGCUUAUGGUUGGUAUUCUAAUGGUGUUUAUAAAUCUUCUAGGAUCCCUCCUUAAAACCAUAUAACAUACACAGAGCAUGGGUACUCUGAGUACCUGUAGAAAGCCUGGAUUCGGUUGCAUUCUGGGCACACUACACAGCUCAUCUAUUUCCCCAGGUGUUUCCUUUGUGGGAACAACAAUUUAUUUUAGUGCAUUAUUUUAUAAUGAUUGUUCAGCACCCUAGGUCUUUGGAUAAGGACUUUAUAAAUUUAGAUAAAUAAAUUUUCCUGUGUGUGUGUGUGUGUGUGUGUGUGUGUGUGUGUGUGCGCGCGCGCGCAACAAUGCAGGCCAUAUGCCACUGGGACACCAACAGUUUAACAUAAUUAUUCUGUUUAACUCCUGACACAUAUCUUUAUAGAAAGCACUUCCCCUAGAUUCCACUGCUGAUGCCAAACACAGUUUGAUUUUUGGAAUACCAACCAACAUCACACUAGGAGCAAUCUGACAUUUAGGUUUGUACUGCUGGGGCCCAUGCAGCCUGACCAGCUUGCUAUUGUGGUGUGUAAUGCCCUAAGCGAGUAAGUCAAAGCUUUUCGCAGUCAGGCCUGGCUGGAUCACGGAUCUACACAGCUGAGAAAUUCAAAGUGACCUGCCCCUCACCCCCCACAUGCUAUGUACAGCAGGAGAAUUGUAGGUUUGCCAGCAUGCACACCCAUCUCCUCCUUGCAGCAACCUCACAAGUAAGCAAGUAAUCCUUGUAAUUGAAUGCACUGUGAAGUAAUCUCAGCUGACAUUAAAAAUUUAGGCAGGAGUAAAGCAUCUAGGAUAUCAAGUCUAAAGCAAGGCUGAGAAAGAUGCUCAUUGACUGUCAUGCCUGUAACCUCCUAAAUUAUAACCUGGGAAAAGGAGCUUUACAUUAAUUUUCUCCCUGGGGAUUUUUCCAAGACCUAGGAAACCCCUCCAUUUCCUUCCCAGGUCUGGCAUUAGCAAUUACCUCUUUCCUUCAGAGGACAGAUCUUUUUAAAUGAUCACAAACCGAAAGAAGAAAAGGCACCUGGCAAACAAUGUGAGCAUCUUUCCCUAACUCCUCCAGCAUAGUGAAAACAGACCAAAUGCUCUCAGAAAAUUAGAAUCAUUUUCAAAUUACUAGGUAGACCUGAUAACAUUGAAAUAAGCAUGAAAGAAGACUCAGGUAUUAUCACAGGGGAAAACAAAACAUCCCAAGCCCAGUGCCCUCUUAACUGUGAAUGGUAAAACAUUUGAAAUGGGGGAUCCUCAGAUUGUAAUCCCAGUUCUCUUUAGUUCCUGAAUUAAUCUGGAAAAAGCAUGCAGGCUCCCAUUUAAAAAAAGAGAUCUGCAGUAAUUCACAAGGAUGAGUCCCCUUGUUCCUAGUUGACCUGCUGGGAAGUUGUGGUCUGUAAUUGCUUUAUUGUCAUUUUUGCACUUCUUUGUAUUGUAGUAACUAUGUGUUAACUAGAGCUGGUCAAAUAAUGAGAGAAACCUAUUGGGGAAUAAUUUAUCUAAAGAGUGACAAAAAGCUCUUUUGAUCAGUUGUUCAGUGAAUAUUAAAUUGACCAUCUAUAGAGCUGGUCAAAUAAUAAAGCACUUGGUUUGCAGAUAAUUUAUUCACAAGACAAAUGGAAAAAAUGUCUCCAAUAUAUAACUCUGCUGGGUCUAGCAUUAACAGUGUCAAUGUGAGACAGUUUUUGCUGUUGUACCUUGCUCUUAAGCUUGUGAAAAUUACAGUGUGUAAAAAACUUUUGCUUGCAAAUUCUAAAUAUAAGGAGGCCUAGGGAAAAAAUAACAGUUGCAAGUAUAUAAAUGUGCUCUCCAUUUUUAAAAUAAAAUUGGAAACACUGCUGUGCUAAUUAGCUGCUUCCAAGAAAACUCAGCAUCUUUUCCCUUCCCCUUUGUUCAGAACACAAUUUGCAGAGGCUUUUAUGAAACCAAAGGGAUGCAGGGGUUGUGUUCUAAGUGGAACCAAGGGAGUGCCUUUAUUUAAGGGGGCACUGCAUCUAGAGUCUUAUUAUGGCUUUUAGCCAACAUCCAUCACGGUUGUUUUUAUGUCACAUGAGAACACAGAAAUGCAGGCCUGGGCACUCUCCUUGAGAUCUGCAAAAUUAUACCCAUCUUAAUCACUGGUUCCAUGGAUGGGUCUCUAAAAAUUGAGGACCUCCCUGUGAUUCAAGGAUCAGGAGACAUCUAGGGCUAGCCAUGCCUGAUGCCCAGUUCAUCAGAACCAGGACAACCCCUUAAUCCCUAUCUGAGGGUGGGAGGGUUUGGUUCCUUUAUGUCAGCGUCAAAGCACUUAAGAAGUGUCCUGAACAAAACUGCAAAUGAUCAAGGUUUGGACAAAUGUGUUUCCAACUUUUAUUUGAGUGGAAGUUUCUUUUCUUCUUCAUGGUAAAUGAAACCAGCUGAACUAUUACCUGACAAGUAUUAUUCAUGUAUGUGUCUUGUAUUUUAUUUACUAAUAUUUUGUUUGUACUUUCCUCUCCUCCCUUAAUUUAAUUAUUGUUCUUUCCUUACAUUGGUGUAUAUAGUUUACCCAGUAGAGGCAAAUAUAGCAAUUCCUCUAUAUGAUUAUGUUUGUAACAUUUUAGUCAAGAGAGAGAUGGAGAUCCCCUGACGUAACAGAGUUAAGUAUCUUUACUAAACAUUUCACUAAUGCUUGCGGGCCAGGCUUGGUUUACAGUACUCUCCCAUUUCCAGUUUAUAGUGACUCUCCUUUUGGCUGUUAGCAUCUUUGGCUCUCCUUUAUUCCCUUUGUUACGUAGCUUCAGUUAGAAAACAGGAAGUGAGAGGAAUCUGGUGGGCUUGUAACAUUCCUGCAGGUAUCAGCAGUGCAGCUCAAGGUAAAAGGGAGGGAUUUUCCCAGGUUCUAGUCUAACUCGAGGCUGAUCUACUGGCAGGAGGAAGAGAGGAGGCCAAAUUGCUAAGUGAUGUAAUGUUUGAUUUUUCAGACUUCUCAGGGAUUCCUAUUUGACUCCAGAGGGCAGUUGGCUACCUGCCUUUCUAAUCUGAUUCAGUUUAAUGACAACUGUUAUUAAUCAGUGUAAACCUGUUGGGCUUUUUAUGGUGCUUUCCCCUUCUGUUUUUCCCUAGCAACCCCAAAGUAUCAGGCAAAGGGACUCUGAGCAUUCAGGGGCAAGGAUCUCCCCUGAUGAACCCUGGGGUGAGAUAAGAGGCCAAGGAUAAGGUACCUCAUUGGGGUCCACAACCAUCUUAUUAUUCUGGUGUUUCUUGACAUCUAUAUUCCCUGGUUCCCCCUUUUCCUUACUAUCCAUGUAUCUUAACACUUAAUUUCAUGGAAAGUGCAGAUCAUGUAUAGCCUCCCUCCUGGCUUCUCCCAGUAGCUUCUUCUCUGCCUUUUGGCUAAGAUCAAGUGUACAACUGGUUUCAGUCUGAUAUUGCCCAGGUAUCCUGUACUUGCUGGGGAUUGACUAGAUAGCUAAACAGGUCUUCUUCUUUUUUCACCUUUAACUUUAACCUUUUCCCAUCCUAAGACUUCCUACAUUGGCUGUGGCUUUUUUAUCUCUAUCAGAAACUGUCCCGGUAGCAUCUCCCUGAACAAAAUAUGUUUCUUCUCUUCUGGGUAUUUAAAUACCCAGCUUCUCCAGCAAGCUAAAAUUUGGUGGAUUUAUAGCUGAAGUCUAUUUGUCUCUCCUGUCUCCUUCAGACACUUAGAUCACUCUUUGCCUCUUUCACUUUAUCUUAACCAGCUGGAGGGCCCAAACUCAGACACUGGACCCAUCUCCCCCUCCCCUGAGUGCCAGGGCACCUCCAAUCAAAAUGAAAAUCUCAUGUCUCAGGCCUUUCUCUGUAGUAGGCUCAAAUGAGGACAUUAAAUCUAGACCCCUGUUAAAUUUGGAUCCAUGCUGAGAUCCAAAUCUAAAUAUCUCCAAACGCCACAGUUUGGAUCUCUCUCUAAUGUGAACACUGCUCUUUCUUGCGACUCUGUUGGGCAGUUGUCUGGAGUCCUUCAAAAGGCCAUGGCACUUUAUCACUUCUUCUCUGCUUCCUGUGUAUUGUGAAGAGUGUUCACUGGCACUUUACUCUGUAACCAGUUAGUCAAAAGCUUAAGACAUAAAUUUUCUCAAUAACAUUUCAUCUUCAGCAGUGGCACUGUCUUGUCACAUCCCAUCUUACCUGGGAAGUGUUAUCGGCUUUUAAUACAAUUACAAGGGUGUGGUCUUGAUUAAUGGUUUCUAGCUCCCAAGUCCCAACUGGGCAAUCCCAUGGAAUAAAAUGCCUCUGAUGAAACAUCAUCAGCAAAAUGUCCAUAACAAGAUAGGAUGCUACAAAGCACAGGAUCUGUAGGAGAUGAUGCAAUUCUGAACUCAAACACAGGGCCUUCUUCUUAAAAUUAAUUGGAAGGAGAGAACAGGAGAGGAGGUAUGAAUUUCCCUUGUUCGACCACAGCUCUGGUUUGUUUGUACCAAGUGUUGUUUCCAUAUUGUGUAGAAGGACAAAAAGUCCCAGUUCCUGGCUGGACUGCAAGAGCUCACUGGCAUGCCAACCAAAUAUGAUGCCUUAAAAGAUAUGGUUACUCACGAAGACUAGCAUGGAAUGCAGGAACCAAAGAGUGUCUUUGCCCGCCUGAUAAUCCUGUUUCACAAGAGCCAGCCCAGCCUUAUUAUUCAAUUCAUUUUUCCUUAGACCUUGAGCUGUCAAAGCUGUUAAUGAAAGCUGGGAAAGCCCAAUAACUGUGGAGUUAAGGAAAAUAAACUAAGCAAGUGCCAUGGUAUUACUCAAAUCACUAUGGAAUGUCUGGGUGCCCUGUCCCUGUCUGGCUGAAGAAUGUAUGCACUGAAAACUCCGCUUUCUUACAUAGUCGAAAAUUGUAUUGUAUCUAUUAACCAAAAUAAAAUGAUUCUAUAUUUAUACAG